AUGGAGUCUCAACCCUCAGCGAAAGCGCUACACAAUCGCAUCAAUGCCGACAUCUCUCAACUGCUUCAGCGAUUCGAAAAUAUCAUGGCCACAGCGACAGUCGAUAACCCCAGCUACACAUCCACCGCUGUCGAGACGUAUCAAUUAGAUGUCGAGUCAACAGCUCUGAUCCGCGCCGCCGAAGAUAUCCUUGCUUUGACCCGGACGAUGAAGGAGACAUGGUUGUUCGGCAAGCUCGAUACACUGGGUGAAGAUGAACAUGAUGUGGAGCGACGAGAGAAGCUCGAGAAUGACGUUCAGGCCGUCCAGAAAGCCAUUGAGGAAGGCGUGCUGGCGAAAUUGUCGCCGGCGCAGUGA